ACCAAUCACCUUUUCCUUCUUCCCCGUUUCUCUCUCUUUCUAUUAUAUUACGAUCACAAGAAGGCUGUUUCCUUGUGUUGCGUCCACUGUGGGUCUCGGUCUUGUCUCUGCUCGCUUCUCUUCAACGCAAAGCAAUGGCGAAGGACCUGAUCGUGUGCUUCGGUGAGAUGCUGAUCGACUUCGUGCCGACGGUCUCCGGGGUGUCGCUGGCGGAGGCCCCGGGGUUCAUCAAGGCGCCCGGCGGCGCCCCGGCCAACGUGGCCAUCGCCGUGGCCAGGCUCGGCGGGCGAGCAGCCUUCGUCGGCAAGCUCGGCGACGACGAGUUCGGGCGGAUGCUGGCGGGCAUCCUGAGGGACAACGGCGUCGACGACGGCGGGGUCUCGUUCGACACCGGCGCCCGCACCGCGCUCGCCUUCGUCACCCUCAGGGCCGACGGCGAGCGCGAGUUCAUGUUCUACCGCAACCCCAGCGCCGACAUGCUCCUCACCGAGGGCGAGCUCAACCUCGACGUCAUCAAAAGCGCUGCGGUGUUCCACUACGGAUCCAUAAGCUUAAUAACCGAGCCGUGCCGAUCGGCUCAUCUGAAGGCCAUGGAGGUGGCGAGACAAGCAGGGGCGUUGCUCUCCUACGACCCGAACCUCCGGCUGCCGCUGUGGCCGUCGGCAGAGGAGGCGCGAGAGCAGAUCCUGAGCAUCUGGGACGAGGCUGACAUCAUCAAGGUCAGCGACGUCGAGCUGGAGUUCCUGACGGGGCAAGAGUCGGUGGAAGACGACGUGGUGCUGACCCUGUGGAGGCCGGCGUUCAAGCUGCUGGUGGUGACGCUCGGGGAGAAGGGAUGCAAGUACUACACCAAGGAUUUCCGGGGCAGCUUGGACGGGUAUGCUGUCGACACAGUGGACACGACCGGAGCAGGAGAUGCAUUCGUGGGCGCCAUGCUGAGGAAGAUCGUCGACGACCAGUCUGUGUUGCAAGAUGAGGGGAAGCUGAGGGAGGUGCUCAAGUUUUCCAACGCCUGCGGAGCCAUCACCACCACCGAGAAGGGGGCAAUUCCUGCUUUGCCGAGUGAGACUGCAGCAGUGGAGCUCCUGAAGAGAAACUGAAGCAUUCAUUCACGAAGCAGCUGCUGCUGCCGCUUCUUCUGAAGAGGCCAUUUAAGAGCUUUGGAUUAAUGGCUACUAUGUUUUCUCAUAUCUAAUGUCUUUGAGUGACCUGUGCUUCUUUCUCUCUCUGUUCUGAUCAUGCAUUCCAAUAAAUCUUGAAAUAAAGGAAUGUGACCAAUCGAAUGAA